AUGGGAGAAAGAAAGGUGUUAAACAAGUACUAUCCACCGGAUUUCGAUCCGUCGAAAUUACCCAGGAUCCGGAGACCCAAGAACCAGCAAAUCAAGGUCCGAAUGAUGCUUCCCAUGAGCAUUCGUUGCAAUACUUGCGGUAAUUACAUCUACAAAGGCACGAAGUUUAAUUCUCGCAAAGAAGACGUUAUUGGUGAGACGUAUUUAGGAAUACAAAUAUUUAGAUUUUACUUUAAAUGUACAAGGUGUUCGGCAGAGCUAGCAAUGAAGACGGAUCCUCAAAACUCGGAUUAUAUAGUUGAGAGCGGUGCCACGCGGAAUUUUGAACCUUGGCGUGCAGAGGAUGAGGAACUGGACAAUGAGAAGAAGAAGAGGGAUGCUGAAGAGAUGGGGGAUGCGAUGAAAUCAUUGGAGAAUAGAACUUUGGAUUCUAAAAGAGAGAUGGACAUUCUUGCUGCACUUGACGAAAUGAAGUCUAUGAAGUCUCGACAUGCAACUGUCAGUGUAGAUGCAAUGCUUGAGGCGUUGCAGCGCACGGCUUCUGAAAAGGAGAAGAAGUUGGAAGAAGAGGAUGAAGAUCUUAUAAAAUCGAUAUUCCAAAAAAGGCAAAAGGAAGUUAUUCGAAGAAUUUCAGAUGAAGAUUCUGAUGAUAAUGAAGAUUUCGACAUGUCAAAUGAUAAGUUGAAGAAGAGGAAGGUUGCUGAUGAAGUUUCAAGUAAACCAACAGAUUCAUUAACAAAAGCUAGCAUUUCAGAUAGCUCAAAUAACAAAGAAAAUUCAAGUGGUUCAGGGACUCAGAAUGAUGGUAAAUCCAGUUUCACAUCCCCGUUGAUCAGAAUAUCUGUGGUAAAGAAACCAGUUGCAGCUUCUGACAGUAAUAAGCUAGUGGAGAAUGAAAUAGUGGAGGAGAGUAAAACUAAUGAUACAAGCACUGGGCUACUAUCCCUAUGCCAGAACUAUGACAGCGACGAUGAGGAUGAAUAG